UCUCUGGAGAGUGUUGAGAGCCUGAAGUCUGAUGAGGAGGCAGGAAGUCAGAAAGAGAACAUCCAGCGAGACUUUCAGUCUAAAGUGUGUUGUGCAGGCCUUCAGCAGCAGGAGAAGGAGGAGGUGGAGCUGGGGGUUGUUGUUGGAGGAGGUGGAGGCGUCCUGGCGGCAGUAUGUGAUCAGCUGGGUCUGCAGCAGCUCGACACAGAGCAGCUGGACGUGCUGCUCAGGAAGCUGGACGCCGACCUGGACGGCAGAGUCAGCAUCAGGGACUUCCAGAAGGUUCUGCGUGGCUCCGCCCCCGUCUCCUGCUCCACCCCCGUACGAUCAGCUGACCUGCAGAGGGCGCCACACCGGUCUCAGACGGUCUCGGAGGAGCGCUCGGCUCGCUCCACCUCGCCCUCCCUGCUUACAGCCACGGUGGGUCAGAGAGUCCUCAGCUGGCUGGACGACGGCUCAGGAUGCAGCAGCCCCGAGCGGGUCAUCGCCCUCUGGACCGAGGAGGGCAUCAGGAACAGCCGGGACAUCCUGCAGACUCUGGACUUCCCUCUGGAGGAGCGUCUCAGUCUGGCGGACCUGACUCUGGCUCUGGACAACGAGCUGCUGGUCAGCGGGAACGGCAUCCACCAGGCGGCGCUCAUCUCCUACAAGAACGAGAUCCAACACCUGCAGGUGGUGUCGGAGCAGGCCUGCAGGGAGCGGGACAAGGUGAAAGGCCGACUGGAUCAGGCUGAUCAGAGGAACCUGCAGCUUGGUCCGAGAGGUGGACGACGCCCACGCCAGCAUGGAGACGCUGAACCAGAGCCGGAUCAG